AUGAAGUCCUGCAAGCCCAGCGGCCCGGCGGCGGGAGCGCGCGUCGCGCCCCCGUGCGCGGGCGGCGCCGGGUGCGCGGGCACGUGCGCCGGGCCCGAGCGGCUGGAGAGCGCGGCGCGCAGGCGCCUGGCGGCCAACGCGCGCGAGCGGCGCCGGAUGCAGGGGCUCAACACGGCUUUCGACCGCCUGCGCCGCGUGGUUCCCCAGUGGGGUCAGGAUAAAAAGCUGUCCAAGUACGAGACCCUGCAGAUGGCGCUGAGCUACAUCAUGGCUCUGACCCGGAUCCUGGCCGAGUCCGAGCGCUUCGGCCCGGAGCGGGACUGGAUCAACCUCCACUGUGAGCACUUCGGCCGCGACCACUACCUCCCGUUCGCGGGCGCGAAGCUGGCGGGCGAGAGCGAGCCCUACGGCCAGAGGCUCUUCGGCUUCCAGCCCGAGCCCUUCCCGAUGGCCAACUAGGGCCGCGGGCGCGGGGGCCGCCGGGACGCAGCCCUCCCGGAAGUAGCCGCCCGCGCUCGCGGUGGCCCCGGGUGCAGUCUUCGAGUAAAAUUAGAAAGCUUGCAGGUUGCUUGUGUCAGUAGUCCUAUGGAGGCAAUAAUUGGAUUGCCUCUUGUUUUUUUCUUCUUAGGUGUAUUUUGUAGAUUUCAUUAACGGAUCUUAUGAAUGGUUUUGAUUGCUGUGAAAAUAAUGCCUCCCCUCCCCCUUUCUGGACUGACUUUGAGGGAAGACAACCUUAAGGAAAAAAAAAAAAAAAUGAGGC